UUUUUAUUCUUUUUCUUUUUUUGGAUCUAUACACUCUCUCUCUAUAUCUUUAUAUUAUACAAUGGGUCAAUUCAAGAAAGAAAAGAACAGAGUAUCAAGAGAUAAAGCUGGUGGUGAUGAUCGUGCUUCCAACUUACGAGUCAAGGGAGAAAACUUUUAUCGUGAUGCCAAGAAACUCAAAUAUAUCAACAUGUUGAAAGGUGGUAAAGCUAUCAGGGACUCGAAAGGAAAUAUUAUUAAAGCUGCCGACUUUCAAAGCUCUGAAGUCAAAACUGCUAGAGUAGCUCCCAACAGAAAAUGGUUCGGUAAUACUCGUGUGAUUGGUCAAAAGGCUUUAGAAGACUUUAGAGAAUCUUUAGGUGCCAAAGUUCAUGAUCCUUAUCAAGUUUUACUUAAACAAAACAAGUUACCCAUGUCUUUGUUACAAGAUCCUACCUCAACAAGUCGUAUGCAUAUUUUGGAAACUGAUUCUUUCUCAAACACUUUUGGUAACAAGGCUCAACGUAAACGUCCCAAGUUGACUUCUGGAUCAAUGGAAGAAAUGAUGUCAAGAGUGGAUGAUACACAUGAAAACUACAAACCAAGUAAUGACUCUAGUUUAUUGGCCAACAAGGAAGUCGACUUUGUGGAUGAAGCUCGUGCUUGGUACUUGCAAGCUGGUCAAUCGAAACGUAUUUGGAAUGAACUUUACAAAGUUAUCGAUUCUUCAGAUAUCAUCAUUCAUGUAUUGGACGCUCGUGAUCCUAUGGGUACUCGUUGUAAGAAUGUGGAAAAUUUUAUUCGCAAGGAAAAACCUCAUAAACAUUUGAUCUUUGUCUUGAACAAAUGUGAUUUGGUACCUACUUGGUCUACGGCUCGUUGGGUGGCUACACUUUCCAAAGAUUGUCCUACUCUUGCUUUCCAUGCCUCUAUCAACAAUUCUUUCGGCAAAGGUUCUUUAAUUCAACUGUUACGUCAAUUCUCAUCCUUACAUUCUGAUAAGAAACAAAUCUCGGUUGGUUUCAUUGGUUAUCCCAACACUGGUAAAUCAUCUAUUAUCAAUACAUUGAAGGCCAAAAAAGUAUGCAGUGUGGCUCCUAUUGCUGGUGAAACAAAAGUAUGGCAAUAUAUUACCCUCAUGAAACGUAUCUAUUUGAUCGAUUGUCCUGGUGUGGUUCCUCCCAAUGUUGAAGAUGACGAAGUGGACAUUAUUCUCAAGGGUUCUGUUCGUGUUGAAAAUAUUCCUAAUCCUGAUGAUACUAUUCCCACCAUUCUUCAACGUGUACGACAUGAAUAUAUCAAGCGAACUUAUGGUAUUCGUGAUUGGAAGGAUCCUAUUGAUUUCUUGGAACAAUUAGGUCGCAAAACAGGCAAGUUAUUAAAACGUGGUGAACCUGAUAUUCAUAAUGUAGCUGUGAUGGUGCUCAAUGAUUGGUUACGUGGUCGUAUCCCUUAUUACGUUGCUCCUCCUGAAGCCGUGGCUCCCAAGACCGAAGAACAAUUGGAAAUGGAAGACAUCAAAAAGAAACUCAAGGUCGAACAAAUCUUUGGCAAGAUUGCUGUGUCCUCUGACUUUAUGGAAGAUGAUUUGGCUAACAAUGCGGAACUUCGGGAAAAGGAACGUGAAAUGAUCAAACAAAGAAAGGAAGAAGCCAACAAGACAACAGAAAAAGAGGACAAUCCUCCUGAUGAUGUGACUGAUUGGGAUGAAGUGUUUGAUAGUGUGGUAGGUGAAGAUGGUCCAAAAGUACAAGCUCCUGUGAUUGAAGGGGAAGAAGAAGAAGUAGACAGUGAAUUGGAAAUGAGUGACAUGGAAUCCGAAGAAAAUGACGACGAUAACAAUGAUGAUGAUGAUCAAGAUACCGUUAAUCCUCGUAAAAAGGUCAAGACCAAUAAUGUUGAAGAACCUAGCAACAAAAAGAAGAAGGCUGGUGUCCACUUUUAUGAAACUGCUAAUGUCAAGAAUCGAAAUCGAAACAAGGUCAAACCUGAUGAUUCCGCCAAAAAGAUUAUCCAUAGCCGAUUGAAGGGUUCAGAUACUGCUGGCAAACGCAAAAGACGAUAGAUUUUUUUUUAUUAUUAUUAUAAUCCUUUAUCAGCAUUUUUUUUUUAUUCUUAUUCUCACUUUGAUCCAUCUUUGAUUACCUCAUCCUUUUCUUUUAUUUUUUGUACACUGUAUAGCAUUUUUUUUUAUCAUCUUUCAUUUAGUUUAUCAACACUUUUUUUUUUAUUAUUAUCUAUAUUUUAUAUAAUAAAGUUAGACUUCUUAUCAUAAUAAACAACAACAUGACUGAAUAAGCCUCUCGGUAAACUUGAGAACACUGUUUAUCCGUUAUCAUGCAGGUUGAUCGGGAAUUUUGAAACGAUAUAAAAGAAACCUCCAAGAUAAAGAAAUAAUAAUAAU